ACGCAUGGAGGGUCCGAUGGGGUAUUCAUAUGGAUGUUAAAGUCUCCCAUUAUGAUUAUAUUGUCGGCGUGCGUCACUAGAUCAGCAACGAACUCUGAAAAUUCAUUGAUAAAGUCCGAAUAGGGCCCUGGGGGGCGGUAGAUGACAGCCAGGUGCAGAGGCAGCGGUGUGACAAACCUCACAGUAAGCACCUCAAACGAGUUAUAUUUAUUAUUUAGGUCCGAGGUAAGGCUAAAGUUUUUGUUGUAUAUUAGUGCAACACCCCCACCCCUUUUAAUGGGGCGGGCAAUAUGCGUUCCCGCAUAGCCAGGAGGAGACGCCUCACCCAGUGCAAAAAAAUCGUCUGGUUUGAGCCAGGUCUCGGCUAGACCAACGACAUCAAGAUUGUUGUCUCUGAUGACUUCAUUAACUAAUAACGUUUUGGAAGACAAUGACCUUAUGUUUAAAAAGCCCAUAUUAUAGGUAGUGGGCUGUUUUGAGGAGUUUUUGUUGAAAGUAUCCGUAGUAGCAAUAUUAAUAAUGUUACGUUUAUUAUGCAUAGUGCACUUUAAAUAAUUUCGACCAUAUCUAGGAAUUGAUAUGACAGGAAUUUUUAGAUUGUUUGCCACCUCAGUAAAAUGCAUGUCCACCUCUGACGCAGAAAGAACAUUAUGUGAGUUGUAUAUUAUUCUAGAAGAAUUGCUAUGUGUGCAGGGAUUAUCCAGCCUGGCGCUGGCUAGUUCUAUCUUAACAGACUCCUUAUUAGCGCUUCUUUGUGGAUUAGCAUUUAGCUUUUUCGUUAGCCCCGCUAACAACAACGCAUUUAGCUUUGUUGUUAGCCCCGCCCGACACCCCCGCUUCUGCUUCCGAGCGCAUCGCUUACGUCUCUUUCGCUGACGGUCUCCGCUGGUAGUCGACGCCGCUGCUUCAAAGGCCACUGCUGGAUGUAGCUCGCGAAGAAUUCCCAAGCUAGCGAGUAGGUCCAUCGUACACGCAUCUUUCAGCCCAAAAUGGCCCGAUCUCUCCACAUCCAGAAUCGUAAGUCGGUCGUAAGUGAUCACGGAGUGAACACGCUGUGAGCCAGCCAUGAAAUUGACUGAAUUGAGGGGUAUUUUUGCCAAAUCGGUCUACACUUCCAGGAGCGCUCGCACGAAGCCGCUGCUCUGAAGCGCAGCCAUCUUGGAAUAAAAAUCAUCCGCUUGUCAGAUGCUCUAGACCUCAGCCAAGGCAGCAUGAACCAGAGUGGGGAAGAAGCAUCCUUGUCAUCUUCUGACACAUUAAAACUCUCCUGAUUCAGAAUCUUCUCGAUCACAUUGGCCCACAGAAUUCCAAAUUCCAAAGUUUUCAUAUGACGUGGAGAUGCAACUUCAAAGUGCAAACCAGGACUUUGUAUCAAAUGGAGUUCUUCUGACCCCCGGUCAUAAACUUAAAUCAGACAUCUUGGAAAGUCUGGCUCAGGAAAUCAUCAAGUUCAAGGCAUAUCCCUCAAACUUGGAAAUUGAAUCUGUUGCUGAAGCUUUAAUCAAAGCACAUCCAUGUUUGAGAGAACAGAGAUCCUUCUGUGGUUUCUACGGCUGGAAAAUAAGCCUCAAGUAUAAGAUGGCAAACUACAGGACAAAACUUAGAAACUUGGGGUGCCCAGAACUGAGCAUCAAUUCCCUCAAGCACAAACCUGCAGAUAGAUGUCAGCCCGCCUAUGAUGUCAAAAAACCAAGGAAAGCCGAAGUCAAUUUUUCCCCCCCCUUUCCUGCUGGAGAGACCCAGGACAGCCUUGAAGGGGAAAGAUUGGCGUUGUUAUCUGAGGUCAAGAAGAGACAUAAUGAUAAAGUUGUCAAAGAAAAGAUGGCUAAGACCUUCGCAGAAGGCAAGAGGUCGUCAGAGACAAGCCCAUGAUCAUGGAGUUCAAGAUCAGAUGGCCAGGACUCUUCACUGUCGCAGAGGUGGAAGCAGAAUUUGUGAGGAUCACUACUGGUCCCCUUGUCUCAAAGUUCCAUGCACAGCUUGACCAACACACUGCCCAGCUCAUCAAAGUGUUCAAGAAGAAAGGAGGCUCUGCAGGGACUACCAUCAGAAGGAUUUUGGUCCCAAUCACACAGAAUGAAACUGUUGAAAAGAGGAGGGAGUGCAUCCUCAGGGCGCUUUGUAUCUACCUCAACGAAGACCCGAACAUCCUCUUCAAAGAAUACCUGGAUACUGCUGGCACCGCUGCACAGAGGGAGCUUGAGCAACUUACCCUUGGCAUCUACAUCAUCAAAGUCGAGGGAGGUGAUGCCACCACUCCUCCAGCUGAUGUUGGAAUAGUGAUCGAGGGUGUUGAAGUUCUUCAUGACCUGGGAGACGUCACCUCUGCAUGUGCACUCUUAAUGGGUGUAAUAUAUGCACUGAACCUCAGUUAUCCUAAGGAACUGAAGACCUUCUUUGAAGGACUUCAAAAGCUCUUCCUUCAGCUGGAUGCUGGCAGACUCUCAGCCAAGGCAAGCUUAUUGUGGGAAAGCGGACGUGAGAACAGGCUGUCCCCACUCAGUCUCAGGUCUGCAUUGAGCUGGAGGGGGCGUGGCCUCCAGCUCCGGCUGAAUACCGGGAGUUUGUCGGGAGAAAAUCUCUGCCGGGAGGUUGUCGGGAGAGGCGCCGAAUACCGGGAUUCUCCCGCUAAAAACGGGAGGGUUUGCAAGUAUGUGGUAAACUACCGACCGGUGUCCCACCUUCUGUUUAUUUCGAAAAUCCUCGAAAAAAUUGUUGCACACCAGCUAAAUGAAGUCUAACAAUCUCUGUGAACCUUUUCAAUCUGGU